AUGGCCUCCGUCUACCCCAAUUAUUCCCGCUCGCAAUGCCACUACCAAGUGUUUACUCCCCCAGCAACACCACCUUACGAGUGUCGAUACCAGAGCAACAAUCCCUUCAGAAGUCCGCAACCAGCCCCCAAGAUGUCGUUUUUCGGAUCCAUCAAGGGAAAGUUCUCGAAGAAGAGCUCCAAUAACCCCUUCUUCCAGGAUUCUAAGGAUACUCCUUCAGAUCCGCCUCCAGCGUACACCCAAAAUGCUGCACCUGUCGCUCAGGCAUCUUCCGCUCUCAACGUCCCUCGCGCCCCUUCUGCAGCCUCCAGCAGAGCGAGCAGGAUCAGCAGAGACAUGGUCACCAAUGAUGAUGACCCGUAUGCUUUUCUCACCUCCUUCGAUACAAUCUUCCUCAUCGACGACUCGUAUUCCAUGACGGGUUCAAGGUGGGAGCAGGUCCGACAGGUUCUCAAGAACAUCGUCCCCAUCUGCACCAAGCGGGACAAGGACGGCAUCGACCUCUACUUCAUCAACCACAGGUCCAACAACACGGGAGACGCCAGCGAGGGCAAGGCCGACGGAGGCUACUACAACAUCUCCAACCCGGACACCGUCACCAAGAUCUUCAACGGCACCCGCCCCUCCGGAUCCACCCCCACGGGCGGGCGUUUGAGGAGCAUCCUGAAGCCCUACCUUGCCAAGCUCGAUGCGUCUGGGGACGCGGAGUCCGUGAAGCCCAUCAACAUCAUCGUCAUCACCGACGGAGUCCCCACAGACGACCCGGAGAGCGUCAUCGUGCAGGCCGCCAGGAAGCUCGACGACAUGGACGCCCCCCUGUACCAGGCCGGCAUCCAGUUCUUCCAGGUCGGCAGCGAGGCCUCCGCCAGC